AUGGACUUUAUCACCGUCCGAGAGGAUGAGGUAACAAGCAGGCUUUGGAAGUACCUUCUCGCGGUGCAAGAGCCGUGGAUCAACAAAGAGACAAGUCAACAUAUUGCCCCAGGAGCAGCAAAAUACCACCUCGUGUUGAAGCUCGAGGGCCGGGCAGCGAUAUACAUCAGCAAGCGGUUUGAAACCGGACAGUGGGACUCUGAAGCGUCGGAGAACUGGUGCCGGGUGUGGCUUCCCGAGAUGGAUCUCGGCCAGGGAGGCCGCGGGUUCAGGCUGUGGUUCGAGCCUUACGACGGAAGAGCCGAUGACCUCCUACGGCUGAGCUCCGGCUGGGAUAUCGUCAUCCAAACGUCAAAAGGAGCAGUCACACGAGCCCCACAAGGGCAGCAGCGAGGUCGUACAUCAACCAUUGACCACUUCUGGACUUCGGCGGACCUACAAACAGUGUAUUAUGGCGAGGAGUGCCGGGGAAAGUCAGAUCAUUACCCACAGGUGCUUGAGGUGGGAGAAGGGGACGGUCCGAGGCUAGCCCAGCCAGCCGGGUGGGACUGGAAGAAAAUGGAUAAAAAGAGAGUGAAAGCAGAGUUAGAGCUCCUGUACAAGGCCAUUGGGCUCACGGACCCAAGACCGGACCGUCUGAUGGUCAGAAUUCGUACCGUCGACGGGCUGAGCAAGGCCUUUGACGAUGUAACACGACUGGCUGACCUGGGUCGCGGGCGAGAGCACCCCCCCGAAGAACGCGAACUGCGCUUCCAGCUCUCCUUGGUGGACUCGGGAGGUGGAACAAGCCACUCGAGAGGCAAAAAAAGCUGAGAGACUGGCUGAAGCCCGCACAGACUACUACCGGGAGCAGCUCAAUGAGAGACUGAAGGAGCGUGCCAGAGCAAUUCUUAGGUUCCAAGGACUUGGUUGGAGAGCGUUCACCCUCCAUUCCAUUGCGCCUCUGGGUGUAAUUUGUCAAACUUCCGGUCUGCCCAUGCUCCUCGGAGGGAGUGGAUGGCUGUGGAGAAUGCAUGUGCAGGUUGAGAGCCGAGGGAACGGAC